AUGAAGACUCGGUUCGCGGGCUCGGUACUAGUGAUGUCCGCGGUGUUCGCGAUGUUCGCGUCCGUGCAGCCGUCGUUGGCCGCCGUCCCCGCCGCGGAUGCCGCCGCCGCGGCCGCCGACGAUACGGUCUCGCCGACGACGACGAAGACCAUGACAGUGUCUACCACCGGCGUUGCCGAAGGUCGCGGACACUUCCAGAAGAUGGCGAUGAACCCGUACAUGAUGAUACCGCAGUUGAUUGCGCUGGGAUUCGCGCCAAUCGUUCUGGCCAAUCUCAAAAUGAUGGUCAUGUCGGCGUUGAUGAUGAACAACAUGGCCCUGAACGCGGCCAUUUUCAUGACCAUCCGGAACAUGGUGUUCGGGCCCCGGCCCAAAGUCAAGUACGUCAAUUACGGUUAUCGCGAUCAUCCGCAUCAUCACCAUCACUACGGCGGCGACACGUCCCAUCACCACCAUCACGCCGGGGACGGUCAUCUACGCCAACAGCACCAAGACGAGCAACUGUUACAAACGUCGGUGGACGGCAUAGAAACGUACGAGCGCCGCAAAAGGACCGCUGUCUCUUCGUGACCCGGUUUAAACACAUCGUAAUAACAAUAAUAAUAGUAAUAGGUAUACAUAAUAUGUGAAUCGCAAAUGCGGAAAGGGCACAAAAUUCGAAUUUUAACAUUAUUUCGAGAGUUACGAAAAUACUUAAUAUCUCUGUGUAAAAAAAAAAAAAUGUCAUGUUAACUAAUGUUCAUGGGCGAUUUAUCCGGAGUGGGCGUAGUAAAAUCAAACACCAAAAAGUAUUUAAAAUAAAAUUAUAUUAAUGCGCCCCGUUUUGCUCCGCCUCCGGAGCCCCGUGCUAAUGUAACAGUGUUAAAUAUCGCCUAUAAGUCUCUACAGUCGUUCUAUGAAAUAUUUUCAGGGACCGCGUUGACAGGGACACAUUGUGGCCCGGGACGCCAAAGCUUUAUAAAACUGUAUGGCUUGAUGAUUGUUUUAUUUGCAAACGAUUCGAUUAGAAUAUUUUACGAAUAUCGCUUCGGUAAUCAGAACAGCGUGUGUGCAACCUACAGAAACGACGCAUAGUAAGACGCGUACCUAUAGAAAAACAUUCAGUGGUAAAGGACGACUCGUGUUCGACGGGAAUGCUAAACGUUUGAAUACGAUUUUAACACAACCGUACGAAAAUGACAACAUUUUUGGGGGGAGGAGGGAUAAUAAUCUCCCGUUCGUCACCCCCCCCCCCCC